ACGAUCUGGUGCAUUUUAGAGACUGUGGAGAAGCUGAAAAACCAGCAACGCAGCAGAGCAUUGCACAAACAUGUCGGUGUAAAGCUGGAGUUUAACUCGUCGCGUUGCUCAACAGACUCGGGGCGUGAAAGUCCCACAUGCCACUUCCGUGUGUCACACCAUCACCCGUCCCCCUGCAAUCAGCAGGAGCUGUUGGGGCGGAGCACCUCUGCCAACACAAGCAACCUCGUAAAGAAAGAUGGAGCUCGGAGUGAGACAGUGGUAAGAAAAUGAGCUGUCACCCCGCAACCUCUUCUCCCGUCGCCGGUUCUUCUCUGUAGCUGACACCGUCUUCUUGCAGAGAGCUCCCGCGGGCCGACAGCGCCUCUAUGGCGGCUCUGUCCCAUCUCGUGCUCCGGUUCUCGGACUCCGCCGGUCGCUCGUACGGCGUCUUCUCCAAAGGCUUGACGAGGACUUUGUUGAUAUUCUUUGAUCUCGCAUGGCGGCUGCGGAUCAGAUUCCCAUACAUCUACCUCGUCGCCUCCAUGAUGUUUAAUGUCAGAUUACAGGUGCACAUUGAAAUCCACUGAUCAGUCUCCAGUGCCUGCAUUUGGACUCAGAAAAGAGCACUGCCAUGUUUCAGUCCUCUCCAGGCGACUGGCGGACGCUGCGGCUGCUUGCUGAGAGGAAGUGUAAUUCUGCAGACUGCUGGGGCGACGCAAUAAUGUGACAGCGCCUGUUGCCGUGGUCAGCCCGCGUCACGCGAGCCCAGUGCCUUUUUGUGGUGGGGGGGGGGGGG